GAAGUACAGCAGCGGAGAGGAAUCUUUCUAGAAAAGCGGCAACACUCGUGUAUACUGUGGAGUCUGAUGUAUAUGAGGCUGUUUAUUGUAGUUUAAAUCUCAACAUCGUAUUUGUGUUUAUCGGAUAAACUACACUGAAGGAAAGUCUUCUUUUAAAGCAGUCAAAGUCAUGGACCUUAGCGAACAGAUCACAGGACUUGAGAGUGACUUAAAAGAAGUGACACGGCUCCUGGAGAUGUGUGAAAGGAAGCGGGUGCAGGAUGUCCUUUUACAGGAGAAGAAAAAUAUCGAGAAAGAAAUGGUUCAGAAACAGCAACAAAGAGAACAGCAAGCAAAAAGAGAUGCAGGAGACAAAGCAGAAGCAACAGUAAAAGGAUACACAGUCAAAAUAAACAAUUAUGGUUGGGACCAGUCUGAAAAAUUUGUAAAAGUAUACAUCACGUUAAAAGGAGUGCACAAAAUCCCUGCUGACAAUGUUAAGGUCAGCUUUACAGACAGAUCUUUCAAUGUGCUGGUUGAAGGUUUGGAGGGAAAAAACUAUCAAAUGACUGUCAACAACCUCUUGUGCCCCAUUGUAGUAGAGGAGAGCAGUAGAAAGGUGAAAACAGACAUGGUACUCGUCAUGUGCAAAAAGAAGACAGCAAAGAAAUGGGAGUGUUUUACACAGGUGGAGAAACAGUCUAAGGAGAAAGACAAACCCAGCUGUGAUGAGAAUUCAGAUCCUGGAGAGGGGCUAAUGAAUAUGCUGAAGAAGAUCUACUCAGAGGGUGAUGAUGAAAUGAAACGCACUAUCAACAAGGCCUGGGCAGAGUCACAGGAGAAGAAAGCCAGAGGAGAUGAUUUUGACUUCUGAGUCUGUCUCUUAACUACUAUUGAAUUACAGUUCCUCACCUAUAUUCUAUUUCUGUAAAAUUGGCAUUUCAUGGAUGAAAACACUUAUUACACAAGUCUAUAAAUUUGUUUGACUUUUCUUCAGUUGUCAUUCCCCCAAGAGUGUCAGAAAAUAUUUGUUCCUGAAUGUUAACAUGCUGCACUCUUGGUGAUCAGGUUUUCAAGAUUGCAUACAUAAUGGAAAAUAAAACAUCAACAAAGAAAA